AUGCCGUCUAAGCAGCCCCAAACGUCGCUGUUCCAGGUAUACCUCCGUUUACGCCCCCCGAUCGCCGAGAAACAUGACGAGUCCGGUCGCUUCCUUGCUGUCGAGCCUCCCGAGGGGCAAGAUGAUGGCGAGAUUGUCGCGCCUGUCUCAACACAUAUCACGCUACAGCCUCCAAACGAUUCGCGAAAGCGUGCCAUCGAAAAAUUUGGAUUUACGAAAGUCUUCGAGGAGAAUGCAUCUCAACUGGACGUAUUUCAAGACACCGGUAUGGAGUCGAUGGUGAGAGGCGUGCUGAAAGAAAGUCGCGAUGGAUUGGUGGCCACUCUUGGAGUCACAGGUAGUGGAAAGAGUCAUACAAUCUUAGGAUCCAAAUCGCAACGCGGAAUCACGCAGAUGGCCUUGGACGUCAUUUUCCGAUCGCUCCAACCGACACUCAAAAGUGAAGAUGCCAGCAUCAGCCCCAUGAUGCUUGCAUCGCUAGCUGGCUCAGAUACAUCCGAAGCGCAAAUAUUCUCUGCCCAGACCUUUCUAGAAGCCGUCUACGGCGAACCCAAUGGAGACCGUGGUCGCAACUCGAGAGCGCAGACUCCCAUGAGUCCUUCUCGUGCACAAACCCCACUGACGGUACGAAGCCCUGAAACCCUGAACCCCCAAGGAUCGUCAAUCAAACGUCCGCAUACCCCUGGUUCUAGUCUUUUAAGACUAUUCAUGAAGCCUGGAAGCCCCCGCGAGGUGGACACAACUCCAAUGUCCACUCAUUCUCGCACGAAUUGGCCCAUCAAAAGCCCACUAGCGAACGAGGACCAAGGAAGGAACCCAGCCCAAUUCAAUCCCCUUCCCUAUACCCGUUCCAAUGCCCAUGAAACUCGUUUAGCUAAACCACGACUUAUUGUCUUCAAGGAGCCGACCCCUGCUUUGGUAUUUCCCCGUCGCCAGCCCCGUGAUCGUCCCAGCGCACUUCCGCGACUUCCAAAUGUUAGCCAUUUAGCCGUCGACCUAAACCAAGACGCCGAUUACGUGGUGCUGGUUUCUAUGUAUGAGGUAUACAAUGAUCGAAUCUUCGACCUUCUAUCUCCUGCUAUCAACCCAGGGCAAGGUAAUACGAUGUCUCGUGGAAAUAGUCAGAAAGACCGUCGACGGCCCCUUCUUUUUAAACCCACUGAAGGCUCUCCGGAUCGGAAACUAGUUUCAGGUCUUCGUAAAAUUGCCUGCAGCACUUACGAGGAAGCAUUGGCUAUUCUUGACGUUGGCCUGACGGAGCGCAAAGUAACAGGCACUGGAGCCAACAGUGUCAGCUCUCGAAGCCACGGUUUUUUCUCUCUGGAGGUGAAGAAGCUGAUCCACAACAAACGAUACGGAGAGGCCACAUGGGUAGGAAACACUCUUACCGUUGUGGAUUUAGCAGGAUCGGAACGCGCAAGAACUGCAAAGACAGCCGGCGCAACCCUUGCUGAAGCUGGAAAGAUCAACGAAAGUUUGAUGUACCUAGGUCAAUGCCUGCAAAUGCAGAGCAACAUACAAGAUGGCGCUAAGACUGCGCUCGUUCCUUUCCGCCAGUGCAAGCUCACCGAGCUGCUUUUCUCCAACUCUUUCCCAUCUUCCAAUCAGAUGUCUCGCGGGCAGUAUCCCCAGAAGGCUCUUAUGGUUGUUACUGCGGAUCCCCUCGGCGACUUCAACGCCACGUCUCAGAUCCUACGUUACUCCGCAUUGGCUCGUGAGGUUACGGUACCUCGCGUUCCAUCGCUCACCGGGUCAAUUAUCUCGACUACCUCGGGCCGAGAGCGCUCUAUCAGUGGGCGAACAUCACCCAAUGCGGCCUCAGCAGAAGAGCUUGAGCGAGCAGUGGCUGAGAUCACACGACUCGGCAAUGAUUGCCAUGGUCUCGCCGUGCGCUUGGCUGAGGAGGAAAUUGCGCGCUCUGAAAUGGAAAUCAGAUUGCGAGCAGCUGAAGAUAGAUGUGUCGAUAUCGAACAAGAAGUUCGAGAGGAGUGCUGGGCUGAGAUGGAUGAGAUGAUGGAAGUAGAACGAAGACGCUGGCAGAGCGCCUGGGAUGAUCAGACCGGUCGUAAUGAUGAACACGUCGAUCGAAAAAUUGACUUAGUCUCACGUGGCUUCAACAUUUAUGAAGACCCUGAUACCCCCUCCAAUGAUAGAGUCGAGGAGCUCGAGAACGAAAACGACCAGCUCCGCUGCCGUAUCGCUGCUCUUGAACGUGAAAUGAAUUCCCAAUCCCCCACUCGAAAGCCAAGAGCCAAGAAUGCUGCGGCUAGCCACUCAUCUAACAUUCUUGGCCGUGAGAGUGAUAUCGAAAACGCCUUACAACGCAUGAAUCAAUUAAACCUUACGGACAGCAUGUUUUCUCCCCCAUCUCCAUCGGCCUCACCCACCAAAUCGGCCAAAAAGACGAGGAAAUUGGCCACAAGGAAGAUGGACCUUGACCCAGAAGUGGAUUCUUAA